AUGGAAGAGGACGCCGGCAACCAGACGCCGGGCCCUGGGAGCGGCCCUGGGAGCGGCCCGGGGAGCGGCCCGGGGAGCGGCCACGGGAGCACCAGCGCCGGCACUGGCAGCGGCACGACGCCGCAAUCCCAAUCUCAACCGCCGCCAUCUGGGGCGUCCACGUCCAACUCGCUGCUACAGCUGUCCAAGCGCAGGCGCGGCCUGGGCGUCGUCACGCCCAAUGCCUGCACGGAAUGCCGCAAGAAGCGAGCCAAGUGCGACGGCCAGAAACCCUGCGGGCGCUGCAAGGCGCAAAAGGACGUCGAAUGCAUAUACGAAAUCCCCAUCCGCCAGUCCAAGGAACACCUCCGUAACGAAAUCGAGAACCUGCGCCUGCGGCAGCGCUCCUCCGACCAGGUCUUCGCCGCCCUGAUACAGCCCCAGCUGUGGGAGGAGGUGCUGGCGCGCCUGCGCGGCGGCCAGUCCGUCGAGAGCAUCUCCGAGUGGCUAGCCAACGUCCCCCAUCCCUCCGCGCCUCCUCCCGAGGCCUCGGCCUACGACCCCAGCAUGGGCCACGACAUGGCCUCCAUGGCCGCCUUUGGCGACGCCUCGGUGGCGCCGCUGCCGGGCAUGGCCCUCGGCAUCGGCCCGGGGUCCCUCUCCAUACCGGGCCUGUCCGGCGAGCUGCCGGGCAGCGCGCCCAGCCCCUGGCAGUUCUCGUCGCAGAGCCAGGCCGGCUCGACCCGGAGCGGCUCCCACCCGGACCUGAUGAGCUGGGCCGCCGCCGACAUGGGCGCGCCGCCCGGCACCUGGACCACCAUCACCGACGACAUCAACCUGGUGCAGCACCUGCUGGCCCUCUACUUCUGCUGGGAGUAUCCCACCUUUGCCUCGCUCAGCAAGGAGCACUUUUUGCGCGACUUCCAGGCCGGCAGGCACCGCUACUGCUCCCCCAUACUCGUCAACGCCCUGCUCGCCCUCGGCUGCCGCUUCUCCACCCAGCCCAUGACCAGGGCCAACCCAAACGACCCCUACUCCUCCGGCGACCACUUCUUCAAGGAGUGCCAGCGCCUCUUCCACGAGGAGACGGACCACCACUCCCUCACCACCAUCCAGGCCCUGGGCAUCAUGUCCAUCCGCGAGGCCAGCUGCGGCCGGGACUCGGAGAGCUGGUACUACGCGGGGCAAAGCAUACGCCUGGCCGUCGAGAUGGGCCUGCAUCGCAUCCACGACGACGACGACGAGGACGAGCUCGCCGUCCAGUCCGCCACCUUUUGGGGCGCCUUUGCCCUGGAUCACGCAUGGUCUCUGGCCACCGGCUCGCUGCCGCAGUGCUCGUGCUUCCCUCACCUGCCGCCCAAGCCGGCCAUCAUCAACGACAUUGAAGCCUCGCUAUGGGUACCGUAUACCGACGACGGUGAGGACCGCACGACUACCUUUGGCAUUGAUUCGAAGGGGCUGCCUACUAACGUGUCAGAAGGCGCGCCGUUGCAGCGGUCGUG